AAAGAGUUACAUUACGUUCUCUACUGGAGUCCUACAUCAUGUGACAAAUAUGGCCAAUGUGAUUGGCUGUGCCUUUCAGGGAGCUCUGUUUAGUUUUAGCAGCAGCAAGCCUGCGCUGCAAGGACCGGCAAGGAGGAGAGGAGGAUGGCAGCAAAAAGGAAGAACCUGGAUAUAAGAAAGUAUUUUUCAAAGAAACCUUUCAUUCCACAACAACAACAACAACUGAGAGAGGGCGAUCUGGGAUACCGCUCAUGUCCCAGCCUGAAUGACAGAGUUCAUGUUCUGGUCACUGUUGUUCCUGCUGGCUCAGUGUCUAUACUAAGUGAACCAGUGUUGAAAAAGCUGAGAGAUGUCAGACUGACAGCCAGUGAAAUGGACAUUCUCCAGACGGCUAUUCUCACCAAAGUUGAUGAAGCCUGUCCUGAGGCGGAACAGGAUCCCAAAAACAUCUACAAGAGCAAGUACCUGAAAGAACAGAUCGAAAAAUUUAGCCAGCUGCUGGGACUCCCAGUGAACUGCAUCUUUCUUGUAAAGAACUACAGUUCAGAAAUCAGCACUGAUGACGCCACUGAUGCUCAUAUCCUGUGUGCACUGAAGCAAAUGAUUGUCUAUGGAGACGACUUCCUCAACCACCUCAAAGACCAACACGUUCUUGUCCCAAAACGUGACACACUGACACUAUGUAACAAAUCGUCAGUAUGUUGCACUUUAGGAAGCAGAUGUGAAACUGAACAUAGUACUGACUGAAAUAUAAAUCACGUCUUGUUAUGUUACUUGACUGAAAACUGCAUGAAUAACUUGUACUUAGGAUAAAGGCAUGUGGUUAUUUGAUGCAUUCAUUUUUGAAAAAAGGAAGCUCAAGAAUGUCUGUCUCCAGACUUUAUUUAUUAUUUAUCAGUAUUUAUCAGUGAACUAUAGCUAACAGCUGACACACAGUCAUGCUGUCAUACUGUUAACAUUGUCAGUAUUAAAUGUAAAAACUAUAUGACAACCAAAAAAUGAAAAUGAUCUUUUUUCACUAUAGACUAAA